AUGGCUGAUGUUUUACUUGGAACUGUGAUUCAAAACCUCGGGUCGUUUGUUCGAGAGGAGCUUUCGACCUUUUUGGGUGUUGAAGAAUUGACACAAAAGCUAUGUGGAAAUCUCACCGCAAUUCAGGCUGUCCUCCAAGAUGCUGAAGAGAAGCAAAUAACGAGCCGUGUUGUGAAAGAUUGGCUGCAGAAGCUGACUGAUGUUGCUUAUGUUCUUGAUGAUAUAUUGGAUGAUUGUACAAUAAAAUCAAAAGCACAUGGAGACAACAAGUGGAUCACCAGUUUCCAUCCUAAGAUGAUUUUGGCUCGUAGGGAUAUUGGAAAGAGGAUGAAGGAGGUUGCUAAAAAGAUUGAUGUUAUUGCUGAAGAAAGGAUCAAAUUAGGAUUACAAGUGGUAGUCAUGGAGGAUCGCCAACGAGGAGUUGAUGAAAAUCGCCAAACUACUUCUGUCGUCACUGAACCAAAAGUUUAUGGAAGAGAUCGUGAUAGAGAGAAAGUUUUUGAGUUUCUGCUAAGUCAUGCUCUUGACAGUGAAGAACUCUCUUUCUAUUCCAUUGUUGGUGUUGGUGGGCAAGGAAAAACAACACUUGCUUGA